AUGUGACUUGAUAUAAAAACGUCAUCCAUUGGCUUAACAUCAUGUCAACCAAUCAGAUUAGCUGUACCAUUUGCACUGUGAAGAACUAUGUUUCAGUGAUUGCGAUUUCCGGGAAACAUGGCGCAUCAUAGCGAAUUUCUGUUUCGUGUACCGUUUCUUGUUCUUUUGGAAUGGUUACUCUGUCUCGAUGUCAAACAGUACAGCGACUGGUCCCCAUAUGGAAGAAUUAUGCAGUUGUUAGGAAUUGUGAUAUUUUUGGGACUUGCCUUGCUGGGCCGAGAUGAACUGGUUAAUUUUUACAGUCAAGCUCUGUUCAUCACCGUUGUGACAUUUAUGCUGUUCUUGAAUGCAUACAAUAGCUUGAACCUCUACUAUGCUUUAGAAGAACAGGGAAUAGUAAACCUCAUCGCUGAAGAUGGUGCUCUAUUGCUGCUAUUAAUGAUCAGUGGAGUGUGGAUAGUGUAUUUAACAUCACUAGUGCUGUACUCAAGAGUGUAUAGCUCCAUCAAGCCAGUGCUUUUUUCUUUGACGGCAUUCCCUGGUAUGUUGCGUUACCUGUCGUCUACAAACCAGAAUGAAGAUCCACCUUUGUGGCUGUGUAUAUGCUUUGGUUAUGCAUUUUAUUUGAUGCUAAUGAGCAUUUACCAAUGUAUUCAUGACAUCGUCUGCCAUUUCAUUACGUCAGCACAUAUCAUGCAGUGGAUGUACAGAAUGUAUGGAUUGACUGUCACUGUCGUGUUCCACUGGCGAAGGGUCAAAGUUCCUCUGUGUAUGAUGACAUUAUGCCUUGUGUUAUUUCUCUACCACAGUUUGACUUUUCUACUGUUCUCUAGUGAAACAUUAACAGCCUUGCAGUUGUUUAACUUGACUAUGGCCUUAACAUGCAACUCUGUCCUAUCAAUGACAUCUUGUUGCUUUGUGAUUUACAGGCUUGCAGGUUAUGUUUUGAACAUAGUCAAGCGCUAUCAUCAUGAGGACAACAUUGCUCCGCCUGGCGAUCCUUACAGCUCUCCUGAUGGUCUGAGAGAAGGUUUUGGAUUCUUUUUUCUUGGUCUGUACACUGGACUCUCAAGCUCAAAGAUUAGUAGAAAACUGGUUCUUCUGGAACUGAUAUUUUAUUUAAUUAUUUCCGCGCUGGUGAGAUCAAUGUUUGAAAUAGCCGAGCCAGUUCUGUUGGGCCUUGCAUCACAGCCAAGCAUUGUGUACCGCAAACACUUCAGGGUUUUGUCUUUCUGCAUUUUUCUCCUGGGGGCAUCCAUUUAUUUGGCCCUUAACUUGUACUUCCUUAAAGAGAAGAUCCCAUUCAUCACCCCUAACGUCAUCACCAUAGCUCAAAUAGUCGCUGCUUUAGUUUUGUACUUCUUGCAUCUUUACGAAUCGCAACAAACUCAAAUUUGGGAGGCACUGGAUGACUAUGUGUACUUUAUUAAUGGUUCUUGCAAAGUGUUCGAGUUUGCCGUCAUCUCAGCUGUGCUUUUCUACAGAGUCGUUGACUUCAGCUUAGAAUGGACACUUUUUCAAAUCGUCAUGGCAUUACUUCACCUUUACUUCAACAUCUGGACGCCAGCUAAGGAAGGUUGGCUUAGUCUUAAACAGCGCCACCAAGUGAACCAAAAAUUGAAUUCGCUGCCAUCAGCAACUGAAAAGGAAAUUGACGAACUAGCAGAUGUUUGCUCCAUCUGCUUGGAGGAGUUGAAAGCUGCAAAAGUGACACCAUGCAAACAUUAUUUUCACAGCUUGUGUCUUCGCAAAUGGCUCAAUGUACAGAACAAGUGCCCUAUGUGUCACACUGCUCUUCUGUCGCUGUAAACAAAAUGUGUUAAUGUAGACUACAAUUUGUAAUUUCUCACACAUGGCUGGGAGCCAUGCCUAGCCGAACCACACAGACUGACCUUUAUUAACAUAAGAACAUAAUAGUCUUACACAAAAAAGUGGCUAGGGAAUAAUUUCACCUCAGCUUAACCCAUGUGUGAGAAAAUGGUUUCCUCAGCCAAUGGAAAACCACACUUAGAAUCAUUGGUAGACACCUGCUCCCUCUCCCCCUUUUUGGUUCUAGAAUAUGAAGCCUUAAAGGCUAACAUUUCAAAUUCUGCCUCUUUUUGAGUAAUGAAAGGUCCUCAUUCACUAUGGAUCCACUUCACUACCCUAGGGAUAUACGGUAUACCAUUGCUUGCAUCUAAGCAUGAACACGUACUGUCGCUUGCAUCUAAGCGUCGACAUGUGAUGCUUAAACAUGUUCUAAUUGGGUGUCAAACGUAGCAUAAUUGGUCAUCAAACGUUUGAAGUUUAGCAGACUGGCAAGAACUUGUGCACUAAAAGUUCAACACACGAAAUGGCAGAAAAAUUGGACAUUGAAGACUCCUUCAGCGAAAUUGACCCUGACCUGUGUCAACAUGAAUAUGCCUUUAACGAAAGUGGUUUUAUUUCAAGCUAACCUUGAAAUAUUGGUUGUGGCCGUAUUUGUUGAUGGUGAACAUUUUAAGGUCACAUUAUGGUCUGCUAAACUUCAAAUGUUUGAUGAUCAGUCAUGCAUGCCAUGUUUGACACCCAAUUAGAGCACAUUUCGGCAUUACUGUGUAAAUCCCGUGACUUGUGUGUCGAAUGACUUUAUAAGACAGUGAGUCACUGGUCAGAUUGGUCAGCCUCAAUAACACUCAUUUAACUCAUAAAUACUUCACAUGUACUUUGUAGUCAUGUUUUGAGUUUUCUAUGCGUUUAUCAGAAAAGCAGUGUCCAGGUCCAUAACAAAACUAAAAUGUACAGUGAAUGGAAAACUGAACCAAAUAGACCACAUUACAAAAGCCAGGUUGUAAGUUGGCUGAAAAAAGAAAAGAAAAUUUGUUCAAACAUUGUUCCAGACUCCCAUUUACCACAUUGUAAUCCUUGUUGAUUGGCAGAUGGACUAUGUAGCUUUAAAUUUAUGCUCAAAAUGUUAAACUUGACAUUUCUACUAUCAAUAUUGAAGGGAAAAUAGUUUGUAUUAAAUUAACGGUAAAUUGAACAACCAAAUGUACAUUAUGUAAAUGAUGUAAAAUAGUUUUGAGGACUGGUAACAAUAUAGUAGACAAUAAUAACAUUGUUAUAAAUUUCUAUAAGGCCAAUUUCAAAUAUUGUAAUGUUUGUUGGUACUUGUUUGUAAAAUGCUUGUCAUAGGAAAAAAUAAAUUGAAAGGUGAAAAAUGUAAUAAAGACAAU